AAAGAGAACAUGAAAUAUGGCCCAUCCAAGCGCAAGUCAUGCCGUAAUCGAACACUUGUAGUGAUCAACAUGUUUCCCUUUCAACUUACAGUUAAAAUGCUAGCUUCUUCAUUUGUUACCCUUCACUGCAAGCUGAUUUAAUUUUUGGGUUUAAUGGCUAAACCGAAGUUUCAACUGACCCAGUACUCCUUGUUCAUCUUCCUCUUCUUCGGCAUCUUGCUAUGCUUCUUUCAUGUUGAAGCAUCAUCGGAGUUGCAGCUUGGCCUAGAGGAUCAUGAGCCGUGGCUCAAUGAGGAAGAUGAACAAGUAAUUAUGGUGCAAAGCAGCCAUGAUUCGAGAAAAAGUUGUGACUUUUCUGUUGGCAAAUGGGUAUAUGAUCAAUCUUAUCCUCUCUACGACCCAAAAUGCCCAUAUCUUAGUACUGCUGUGACUUGUCAAAAGAAUGGACGGCCGGAUUCUGACUAUGAGAAGUGGAAGUGGAAGCCCCAAGGCUGUUCUAUUCCAAGGUUUGAUGCAUUGGAUUUUCUUGGAAGGAUGAGAAAGAAGAGAAUAAUGCUGGUUGGAGAUUCUAUAAUGAGGAAUCAAUGGGAAUCUCUUGUUUGCUUGGUGCAAGGAGUUAUUCCAAAUGGUCGGAAAAGGGUGAUGUACAGUGGUCCUUCCAUGGCCUUCCAUGCUAUGGAUUUUGAGACAUCAAUUGAAUUUUCUUGGGCACCACUCCUAGUGGAAUUGAAGAAAGGUCCAGAAAACAAGAGAAUCUUGCAUUUGGAUCUGAUCCAAGAGAAUGCAAAGUAUUGGAGAAAUGUUGAUGUUCUUGUUUUUGAUUCAGCUCACUGGUGGACUCAUUCUGAUCAAUGGAGCUCGUGGGACUAUUUCAUGGAGGGAAAUAAUCUAUUGAAAAGUAUGAAUCCAAUGGUUGCAUACCAGAAAGGACUCACAACAUGGUCUAAAUGGGUAGAUUCAAAUCUCGACCCUCGCAAAACCCGAGUCAUUUUUCGGAGCAUGUCACCUAGACAUAACAGAGAAAAUGGAUGGAAAUGCUAUAACCAAAAGCAGCCUCUAGCUUUCUUUAGCCACCAACAUGUUCCUGAACAGUUGCUAGUGUUACAAGGGGUAUUGAGAAGGAUGAGAUUUCCAGUUUAUCUGCAAGAUAUUACAACUAUGACAGCUCUUCGAAGAGAUGGACAUCCUUCUGUGUACAGUAGGGCAAUGGCCCAAGAAGAGAAGCAGCAUCCAAGGGGCUUUUCCUCUGACUGCAGCCAUUGGUGUCUCCCUGGGGUUCCUGAUAUCUGGAAUGAGAUGUUGAGUGUCUUGCUCAAACAAUGAACUUGUAAGAAAAGUUAGGUAAAGUUGUUAGGAGCACUGUUCUGCAUAAUUCGUCUCAGAAGCCUGUCAUGGUUUAUCAUGGUACUGUGUCUUGUGAUGUUUUAUGGCAUUGUGCGUUAUGAGAUGGAACAAUGCCAUAUUAGUUUGUGAUGUGAGUCUAAUUUCCAAAAGAAAUUGAAUAUGUGUUUAUGGA